GGGUGGGGGGGCGGAGUGACUUGAUGUCAUCCUGAGCAGCUGGGCGGCGGGUGCCGGUGCGCUCAGACCCGGGGCUCCUGCAGCGCCGCGCCGCUUCGGGUCCCACGACUUGAGGAGAGGUCCGCGCGCUGCCCGGGCCAGCUCAGAGCCCGCCGGGCGCCCGUGCCCCGACCCGGGGCUGAGCUGGGGGCAUGCUCCGGGCCCCCCGGAGCCCGAGAGAGAACCCCGGAGCGCCGCCGCCCAGCGCCAGCGCCUGGAGCGAAACCUCUGCGAAGGAGCCCUGAACCGCUGCCCCCCUCCCCACCCGCAGCCCCUGGGGAAGGGGACCAAAGUCUGGGCUUCUGAGAAAGGGUGGGAACCCUAACUGGACUCUUCAGGACCCCCUGGAAGGACCUGAGGCCUGAGCCAUCUUCCUCUCUACCCUGCCUGCCCCCCAGGACUGGGCAGUUGCCGAGGGCCUGGGGGGGGGCAGGCAGGACUGUCAUUGUGCCCCCCCCAUGCCCCACAGGAUGGGCCCAAGUUAGUCAGCUCCACCUCACUCAGCAUCCUCCAGGCCCAAAGGGAACCCAGGGGACUCUGAACGCUUGACCUGCUGCCUGGCCACCAUGGAGACGAAGCUGCCCCCAGCAAGCACUCCUACCAGCCCCUCUUCCCCGGGGCUGUCACCUGUGCCCCCACCCGACAAGGUAGACGGCUUCUCCCGCCGAUCCCUCCGCAGGGCCAGGCCCCGGCGCUCCCAUAGCUCCUCUCAGUUCCGCUAUCAGAGCAACCAGCAAGAGCUCACUCCACUACCCCUGCUCAAAGAUGUGCCAGCCUCUGAGCUGCACGAGCUGCUGAGCCGGAAGCUGGCCCAGUGCGGGGUGAUGUUUGACUUCUUGGAUUGUGUGGCUGACCUGAAGGGGAAGGAGGUGAAGCGAGCAGCGCUCAAUGAGCUGGUGGAGUGUGUGGGGAGCACCCGGGGCGUCCUCAUUGAGCCUGUCUACCCAGACAUCAUCCGCAUGAUCUCAGUGAAUAUCUUCCGGACCCUGCCACCCAGUGAGAACCCUGAAUUUGACCCUGAAGAGGAUGAGCCCAACCUUGAACCUUCGUGGCCACAUCUGCAGCUGGUAUAUGAGUUUUUCCUGCGUUUCUUGGAGAGCCCAGACUUCCAGCCCUCUGUGGCCAAGAGAUACGUGGAUCAAAAGUUUGUCCUGAUGCUCCUGGAGCUAUUUGACAGUGAGGACCCCCGGGAGCGUGAGUACCUCAAGACCAUCCUGCACCGGGUCUACGGCAAGUUCCUGGGGCUCCGGGCCUACAUCCGCAAACAGUGCAGCCACAUCUUCCUCCGGUUCAUCUAUGAACUCGAGCACUUCAAUGGUGUGGCUGAGCUGCUGGAGAUCUUAGGAAGCAUCAUCAAUGGCUUUGCACUGCCCCUGAAGACUGAGCACAAGCAGUUCCUGGUCCGGGUCCUGAUUCCCCUGCACUCUGUCAAGUCACUGUCUGUCUUUCACGCCCAGCUGGCAUACUGUGUGGUGCAGUUCCUGGAGAAGGACGCCACCUUGACAGAGCACGUGAUCCGGGGGCUGCUCAAAUACUGGCCAAAAACCUGCACCCAGAAGGAGGUGAUGUUUCUUGGGGAAAUGGAAGAGAUUCUUGAUGUCAUUGAGCCCUCUCAGUUUGUGAAGAUCCAGGAGCCCCUCUUCAAGCAGGUGGCCCGCUGUGUGUCCAGCCCCCAUUUCCAGGUUGCAGAGCGGGCUCUGUAUUUCUGGAAUAAUGAGUAUAUCCUGAGCCUCAUUGAGGACAACUGCCACACUGUACUGCCUGCUGUCUUUGGGACCCUCUACCAAGUCUCCAAGGAGCACUGGAAUCAAACCAUUGUAUCUCUGAUCUACAAUGUGCUCAAGACCUUCAUGGAGAUGAACGGGAAGCUGUUCGAUGAGCUCACAGCCUCCUACAAGUUGGAGAAGCAGCAGGAGCAGCAGAAGGCCCAGGAGCGUCAGGAGCUGUGGCAAGGCCUGGAGGAGCUGCGGCUACGACGGUUACAGGGGACCCAGGAGGCCAAGGAGGCCCCCCUCCAGCGGCUUACGCCCCAGGGAAUGACAUCUUGUUGAAGCACUCGCUCACAUCCCCCACCCCUGCAUGUGAUAACUACAGUCCAUCUGAAUCCUCAUGCUGCGUAAAAGAGCAAGUUGGAGGAGCAACACCCUGACACGCACUCCCUGCCCCUGCUGAGCCUCCACUGCACCUUCCAUAUUAACGCGAAUGCCCCAAAGAAAAGGAGAGAGAGCUUCUCAGAGAUGGUUCUCCAAUGAGACAGCAAAGUGGAACACAUCCCUCUCAACUUUUCUGUAAAACCCAUAGGACCCACAUGAAGCAUCAGAAGCAUCAUUUUCGCAGUCAGAAGCGCAGGAAGGAUGUGCACUGCCUCCCUUCACGGGAGCUGGUGGGGCACUGAGUACCCGCGGGCAGGCCCGCGCCCUGACGAGGGAUGCACAGCUCUCCUGAGCGGCUCAGACUCAGCACACUGCUGCUCUGCUCAUCGGAGAACCAGAGGCGACAGGACAGUUACUAAGGAGAAGAAGGAGGAAUUUCCCAGAUCCUACCCUGUUCCUGGACAUCGGUGACAUCAAACGCUGGGGUCUCCUGCCAUUCCUGCUGGGUUUUUCUUUCCCUGUUCUGGUAAAAAGAGGACCAAGAAAAGUUUUAAACUUUAAUCCUAUACAGCUUGGUGAUCUGAAUGCUAUUUGCUGGUGAAUUCAUCUCACAUCAGUACUGGGGCUUCUGAUUUGCCAAGGCAGAUCCUGUAUUUCUUUCUAUAGGACUGUCCUUUUCCCAUUUCAGCUUCCUAACCACUGUCCCUCUAAAAUUGUAAGAUUUAAGAG